AUGGAUGAUCUUACUGACACUAGCUCUUCCCUGUAUCCAGCCAGCGCCCCUCCUUCGCUCCCUCCUUCGGUCGAGGAAGCGUAUCGCCGAAAAUGCAUCCAGCUUAAGCAGCGGACAAGCGAAGUUGAAGAAGCCAACGAUGCCGCACGACUGCGGCUCGCGCGCCUCAAACGCCAGGUUGAGAAGAUGCGGUUAGAGCGAGCCUUCCUGCUGGAGCAGCUCGCCAAGCGGACAAGCACGAAUGUGGAGGAUUCAGACGGCAGCCCGAGCCCACCGCCGACACCUAAGGAGAAGCCGCUGCGUAUUAAGCGUGGACAUCGGAAGCCCUCGGUGUUCACCAACCUUGAAGCGCCAUCCUCUGUCAGCACGGGGGGCGCGGGAUCGACCUUUAUAAGCCAGAACCUCUUGCUCCAGUCGCCCAGCUCAGACGCGUUUUCCGGCACGCAGCUGGGGGAUAGCAAGGCCAACGGCGUUCAUAAAGGUCCGCCCAAGAAGCCCGGGAACGCGUUCGAUUUGUACUGCAAUGAUACUAGGCCGUCGCUGAAAGACAAGGCCGCGGAAGGCAGUACCAACACGGAGGAAGAGCUCUCGCGCCGAUGGAAGGACCUGCCGGAGAGCCAGCGCGAGGAGUAUCAGAAUCUCGCCGACCGGCAGAUGGCCGAGUACGAGAAGGAGAAGGACGCGUACGACGCCGAGGCCAAGGCGUCGUCAGAUAGCGCGAAGACGGAUGAGGGGAACGGCAAGGCCGAUUCCACCGAUCCAGAACGGCCCCGGGGCGCUUCGGCGGGUGGUGAGGGGCGCAAUGUAUCACGACAGCAGGACGAUGUGGAGAUGACGAAUUACGACACAGACCAGGAGACGCAGGGAGAGAAGCCCGACGAGUAG